GAACCUGCAGAGAUUGGCAAGCUGACUCAGGGAGCCGCCGUGCUAUGUACAAAGAGGACGCGUCCAGACAACGCUGAUCUCACCGCCCGUCUGAUUCUUCGCCGUCGCGGAAAGGUGACUGAGCCGCGGGCGUGCUUUCCCUCGCAGGGAUCUCGUACACCGCUGUAUCCAUUCCUCCCCGCCGUCUGGUCCUGACGCUUAAUCCAAAGAUGCCGAACUUCUCCGGGUCCUGGAAGAUGAAAUAUUCCGAAAAUUUCGAGGAGCUGCUGAAGGCGCUGGGAGUCAACGUGAUGCUCAGGAAGAUUGCGGUAGCCGCCGCCUCGAAACCGGCGGUGGAGAUCAAGCAGGAGGACGAGACGUUCUACAUCAAGACCUCCACCACCGUCCGGACCACCGAAAUCAACUUCAAGAUCGGGGAGGAGUUCGAGGAACAGACGGUAGACGGUCGUCCGUGCAAGAGCCUGGCCAAAUGGGAGAGCGAGAACAAAAUGGUGUGCGAGCAGCGACUCCUGAAAGGGGAAGGACCCAAGACUUCCUGGUCCAGAGAGAUGACCAACGACGGGGAACUCAUCCUGUUCAUGAUUGCCGACGACGUGGUCUGCAAACGGAUCUACAUCAGGGAAUAGACCCCUCCCCCCCGAAGCCUCGGAGAGAAGCUGAGAUAUUUUGCCUCGCCGAGCCCGUCUUCCCGAAUCUUCUAAAACCACUUCUUCUAAAGCAGACAUGAUCCCGUGUACAGCCAAGCCUCACGCUCAUCCUAAAA